UAAACACAUGGAAACGUUACACGGUCGUAAUCCUGCAAAAGUACGAGCAGCAGGAUCUUUCAUUAUUUUACUCAUUAGAGGAAACGUUGAAAAUCACGUGUGUUUUCUGUUAAGAUGGCGAUAUUUCGUGACUUUAAACUGCCGGGGGUGAGUGACUGCUCGGCCGGGCAAACGGCCCGGGUAACCUCCAAUCUGCACCCAACGAGUACUAUGGCCGUGAGCCGAGUCCCGAGCCCACCGCCACAGGAGGUCAACACGCCCGUAGCCGAAAAUUGGUGUUAUACACAGGUUAAAGUAGUUAAAUUUAGUUAUAUGUGGACCAUAAACAACUUUAGUUUUUGUCGAGAAGAAAUGGGUGAAGUUCUCAAGUCUUCUACAUUUUCCGCUGGCGCGAAUGAUAAAUUAAAAUGGUGUUUGAGAGUGAAUCCGAAAGGUCUGGAUGAAGAAAGCAAAGACUAUUUAUCAUUAUAUUUGUUACUAGUGUCGUGCAAUAAAAGUGAAGUUAGAGCCAAAUUUAAAUUUAGUAUAUUAAAUGCGAAACGCGAAGAGACAAAGGCGAUGGAAAGCCAACGAGCGUAUAGGUUUGUGCAAGGAAAAGACUGGGGCUUCAAGAAAUUCAUUAGACGGGAUUUUUUAUUAGACGAAGCCAAUGGUCUUCUUCCAGAUGAUAAAUUAACGAUAUUUUGUGAAGUGAGUGUAGUAGCGGAUAGUGUAAAUAUUUCAGGCCAGUCGAAUACAAUACAGUUUAAGGUUCCAGAAUGUAGAUUAUCAGAUGAUUUAGGAUUACUGUUCGAGAAUCAGAAAUUCAGUGAUGUCACGUUGUCAGUGGGUGGUAGGGAAUUUCAAGCACAUAAAGCGAUAUUGGCAGCGCGCAGCCCCGUCUUCCAGGCGAUGUUCGAACACGAAAUGGAGGAGCGGAAACACAAUCGAGUCGAUAUAACAGACGUGGACCACGAAGUAUUGCGAGAGAUGCUGAGGUUUAUCUACACGGGAAAGGCCUCGAAUCUCGAAAAAAUGGCUGAUGAUCUGCUAGCGGCAGCAGAUAAGUAUGCUCUCGAGAGGCUGAAAGUGAUGUGUGAAGAAGCAUUAUGUACAAAUUUAUCAAUAGAAAACGCAGCAGAAAUUCUCAUUCUGGCCGACUUACAUAGUGCCGACCAGCUUAAAGCUCAAGCCAUAGAUUUUAUUAAUACACACGCUACGGACGUGAUGGACACCCCCGGUUGGAAGUCAAUGAUCCAAACCCAUCCACAUCUGAUAGCAGAAGCAUUUAGAGCUUUAGCGACACAACAAAUUCCGCCUAUAGGCCCGCCAAGGAAACGAGUGAAGCAGAGCUGAAGCUCGUGAAGCGCUACGAAGCCAAGUCGACUGCUUUAAUGUGUUCAAAGUUCAAAUUCAAGAGAAAGAAAUGAAAAAUCCAGAGACACUCUUUCACCCUCUCAUGUAAAUUAUAGACAGAAACACGCGGAUAUCGAGUGCUGUUUUUUAGUGAUAGACGUCCUUAAUUUCUGUUUGUUUUUUGUCACCUGGUAAUGAGGAGGUUUACACAAGUAUUACCUAUAGUUUUUUUACUACAAACAUACGCUUACGUCAUUCAAUAUUUCUGACGUCAGAGCAUUACCAAAAUAUUGGGAUAUGACUUUACAUCAUGGCCAUGUUUCUUGUACAGUGAGAAGCUAGGCAUCAUUACUUGUCAGAGCAUCCUUUGUCAAAAUAGGCCGAAGUUUCAGCAACGACUUCAUCUUUUUGCUGCGAAACGGCGUCCUCCUUACGCGUCCUAUCUACUUUGGUACUUUGUUAGUUGCGGUUUUCCUUCAUCAUCUAAAAAUUCAUCGUACAGUUCAAUUGCGUCUAUGAAUGCUCUAAUUGAUUCUUCGGUGUUUCCUAUGUGAGGGAUCAGGUUCCCUGCUGUUUUCAGUUCGAAUUUCUCUCCCAUCUUGUCGUUGUUAUGUUCAACUUGUCUUUUCCGUAGUUCUGUUUGGACUUUUCCGAUCUUUUCUCCAAUUUUUGCAAUAAUAUCUGCAAUGAAUUUGUCUUCUGCUGCCUUACAGCUGUCACCUUUGUAUAUUUUAUGCACCGUCCUAAACUGUUCCGUGAUAGUCCUGAGUUUUUCCACCCAUUUAUCUGUGAUUAGCUUAUUUUUCCUUCGUUCUAUAGUGUCUUUUGUGAGAUUCCUAUUUAAUAUAGUUAUAUCUUCCAGAAUACGUUGAAAUCUUUCCUCGAACAUAAAUUCGGCUUGGCCUGACUACGUUACUCAAUAGUAUAUGGCCUAGUGUCUCGAAGUCUCAAUUACUUCGUAAAGCUUAUCAUUGCCGUUAAGUUUAUCAAAUAUAACAAAAUGUAACAUAUAAAAUAAUAUAAUAAAACAUAAAUGUAAGUAAAAUAAAAGGAUCAAUAAUAUUGGAUAACCGUCAAUAUUUAAAGUGUCAGUAAAUAAGUAAGUGAGUAAUUAUAUAAUAAAAAAAAAAUCAAAAUUUCAAUAUGAAAAUAAAAAAAAUAGUCAUCAAACUUACUUCAUAAGCAGUUAAACUGUAUUGUAUUAAAAAGAAAAAUUACUCACGAAUAUGGGUUCAUGUGUCUAUGCAUUUGGUCCUGGAUUCUGGGCGUCUAACCUCAGCAUCUCCAUUGAUUUAGAUACUUCCUGUCGGAUGUGGCGUCGAAGCUGCUUCUUCCAUCGUCGAUACAGUAGCCAUCCGACGAUGAUUAUGGCCAGGCUGAACGAUACAAUUCCCAAAACUCCAGGGAUUGAUAGCUUCUCGUUUUCGCCGGUUUCAGCUGUCACACCUCCGCUGUUGCCUGCUUGGUUUAUGAAGAUCUGUUCCUCUUUUUCUUUAUUCUGGUUGUUUCCCAUCUUACGUGUAGAGCUGCAUACCUCAAUCUAUAUGCGAACCAGAAAACUCCAUUCUUUAACUUAAGGCACGGGUCGCCAUGUGAUGUUGGGGGUUGCUGGACGAAGACACUCCCGAACAAACAAACUUAAACUUUCUACAUAUCUUUAUUCUUACAAGGUUAAAGGUACAGUUACAACUACGUCGACCGACAUUAUAGUUAGGAUAGGUCAAGGUGACCCAUAUCUCGGUAACUAUAUCCCCUGACCACGCGCCAGCAGAGUUCAGCGAACACACUGAUACAACAAUGAAUGUCUCAGGUACUCGACCUUCCCACUUAUAUCUUAUUAUAUUAAAAACAAUGCCCAUAUGUAUUACCAUAUAUGGUUAUGCUAUACGUAUUUCAAUAAUGACGUGUGCUGUGUUUGCAGUCUUGCGAAUGAGUUGAAUACUUUGAACUUUGCUACUAUCGUAAUAAAUUAUACAAAUUGCAACUAUAAUAUUGACCUUAUUCUUAUAACAAAUAAAUUAGGAAAAUUCCGUGAGGGUUGUCGUGUACCAUCACAAGCCAUUUUUUUAGGUAUGAAAACAGGAAAAAGUAGCUGGCGGCAAGAUCCGGGGAAUACGGUGGGUGUUAAACCAAUUUAUAGCCUAAUUCGUGUAAUUUUGGCAUCGCGAUGGCCGAAUGUGCACUUUUUGCCUUCUUCGGCGAGCCUUCACCGCGUUUGCGCCACUGUGUCGACUGUUCUUUGGUUUCCGGUGGAUAAUAAUGCACCCAUAUUUCAAUCAACAGUGAUAAAUCAGCAAAAAAGUCCAGGUCGCCUUUGAUUUGCACAUUCAUUUUCCCCUUUUUGUGGAGAAACUUAUUCACUGAACGAUACUUGAUUUUUUCCAUUUUUCCGAAAACACAAAAGUUGUUUGCUUCUGACUGCUGUAAAAACCAAUCUAAUAGUUAUUUUGCCUUAAAAUUUUUGACAGACGUCAUGUCAUGAAUGGCAAAUAUCAAAAUCGAGAGCAAUGGACAGCCUAAGUCUGACGUCACAAAUGUCACAAAAUUGGGAGGAGCUUAUAUGCACUCCAAACAAUUUUAUUUGUAACGUUAAAUUGUCAUAAGGAAUUUUUCAUUUAUGUGCUUUGUGUGGCAAAAUAAGACUUCAUUUAGGUAUUUCGUUAAAUAAACGUAUUAAUUAAGAGAUUUUUAUUCGUUUUUGCUCAGGUGGUUUUUAUUUAGUGGUUGAAAAUAAACAUAACCUCAAAACUGUUGACGUUCUUAUCAUUGCAUUGAAUUAACUCACCUGGGCAAAAACGAAUAAAAAUCUCUUAACUGACACGUUUCUUUAAUUAAAUACCUAAAUGAAAAGUCUUAUUUCGUCACACAAACCACGUAAACAAUAAAUGCAAAAUUCCUUAUGAGUGUUUAACCUUAUAAACAAAAUUUUUUGGAGUCAAAUAUAAGCUCCUCCCAAUUUUGUGACGUCAAGACUCAGGAUGUCCAUUCGGUAUCAAGUAACGCCAUCUAUCAAGACUAGUUUUGUAUCAAUCUAUCCUCAUGCAGUAAAUAAAAACACUGUAUUAGGAACAUGGCCAUGACGAAAAGUCCUAUUCUAAUGUUCUGGCAACGCUCUGACGUCAGAAAUCUUGAAUGACGCAAGCGUAUUUUUGAAGUAAAAAAACCAUAAUAUAUUUUUCCAUAAAAUUUUAGAUUUUAGAAAAAUUUUAUUAAAUAUCCAUGUCUCUUAAAUUUUAAGUACGAUUUAAUAAAUUGAUGAAUGGAUGAAUAAGCUCUUGAACUGAUUUUUAGAGUUAACCAAAUUGAAUAUUAUUAGUCUUUUUGAAUCGAUCAAGUUCUUAUUAAAAUUAAGUUCAUUGUUUUCUUUUUUGUAAGUUUUAGUUUUAUUAAUGUCCAUAUUUAUUUAAAAAUACUUCAACAUCUUAAAUGACAUACAAAUUUUAGGUUUUGAAAGACUUCAAACACAUAUUGUACGGUCAUAAUGGACAGCCUAAAUCUGACGUCACAAAAUUGGGAGGAGCUUAUAUUGACUCCAAACAAUUUUGUUUGUAACGUUAAAUGGUCAUAAGGAAUUUUUCAUUUAUGUGCUUUGUGUGGCAAAAUAAGACUUCAUUUAGGUAUUUCGAUAAAGAAACGUGUUAAUUAAGAGAUUUUUAUUCGUUUUUGCUGAGGUGGUUUUUAUUCCUUAGUGGUUGAAAAUAAACAUAACCUCAAAACUGUUUACGUUCUAAUCAUUGCAUUAAAUUAACUUACCUGGGCAAAAACGAAUAAAAAUCUCUUAAUUGACACGUUUCUUUAACUAAAUACCUAAAUGAAAAGUCUUAUUUUGUCACACAAACCACGUAAACAAUAAAUUAAAAAUUCCUUAUGAGUGUUUAACAUUAUAAACAAAAUUGUUUGGAGUCAAAUAUAAGCUCCUCCCAAUUUUGUGAUGUCAAGACUUAGAUAGGAUGUCCAUACCAAACAUUGUUCUUUAUUUAUAUGAAGUUUACUAUGGAGACCUGUGUAGGUCUCCAUAAAGUUUACAUUACAUAGUUGACAGUUACAGCUAGGAUAAACGCGACAUAAUUUGACGUUUCUGUCAAUUGUUAACUGUCAUAUGUCUUACCAUUUGUCAUCUAUGUUUUGGGUUAGCUAACACAGGCCUUACUAUGUAGGGCCUUGUGCAUGUAUUUUCUAUAAUAACGAUAGAUGUAUCUUCUUUAAAUGGCGCAACUGAUACAAUUAAUACUGUUUUAUGUUUCAAAUAAAAUUAUAGAUUUUUGGUUUGAUCUGUGGUAACAAUGCGCUAAGAGGUCUCUAUCUAAACAGACUUCAUUUACGCUUCUUCUGGCAUAUAACAAGAAAUUCUGAUAUUAGACUCGAGUUAAUUACUCAAUUCCAGGAUAUUUUUUCCCUACCUAUUGUUAGAGUGCAUUCAGUAAUGAGUGAGUUAACAAAUGCCUAUAAAUCGAACCUCAUUACAUAUUAUAUAAGAAAAAAUUGGUUCACAUUUUUUAAAAGUAAUUAAUCUAAAUAUUUCACUAACUUAUCACGUAAUAUUUGUUUUGAAACGUGAUAUAACAUGAUCAAGGUAAUUACUGCAUUUCCCUUAUCUCAGUUAUACUGGAUGUUAACGCAAUAAUACAAAUCUGAUAACAGUACAAGCUUAAAUAACCAAAAUAAGAUUUUUGUUUUGUUUUUUGUAUUGUACUAUUGCCAGUGUUUCAAGCUUGUCAGCUGUAAUGUACAAUUGAUGAAGAAUUGUCAUUACCCGCGAACAGAUAUUCCACAGAACAUGUUCAUGCAUUUCCCCAACUUUUUUAUUGGCUGUGAAUUUAUUAUAGAGCUGAUGUUGGAAAUGUUCCAAUACAUACCAAUACAUUAUUUCGCCAACACUGCGCUUCUUUAUCUUUACUUCCAUUAUUGGUUUUAGUAUUUCGUAUCUGGUACAUCUCAUUCCAUGACCAAGGUACUCACAAUUUUCGCUUCUUCACUGUUCAUAUUAUUGCUUUUUGCACAUGGGAUGGUCUAUCGAGGACAUCAAAAAGGGAGUCUAGGUAUUAAGUUCAGUGUAGGACAACUGUGGGUUAUCCCCUUCAGCUUGAGUAUGUAUAUUACAAAAUACAAAAGAAAUAAACAAGUGUAUUUGAAAUAAAAGAAGAAAAUAUAUACAUUUAAUUCCAAAUCAUCAAUUUCUACAAAAUUAAAAUAUGAGACGUGACUUGUAGCACAACAAAUAUUUAUUUUAAGUUAGAAUAAUUACAAAAGCGAUUAUACAUAGCGACAAUUAACCAGCGGAAUAAUUUAUGGUCCAUAGGAUAAUACAAAAAGGUAAAAUCCAUGAAUGACAACGAAAAUUAAGAAAACGCUUGAUUGCGUCAAUUAUGUAAACUAACGGCGUAAAGCAAUAAUAUAAGUAAUAUAUAAUUAAUAUUAUAAACGAGAUACAAAGGUGAAAAUAUCUGUCAUCGAUUUUAUGUCAAAUUUGCUUUGUUGCCGUGUUUUGCUUUAUCAUUUAAUAAUAAUUAAAUCAAUGACACUCAGUACCAAAAAACAAAUGGGGGGACGAAUACUUAACCUGUCUGUCAUGGUACUAAAGAAGUGUUUGUAAAAAGCAGAAACAAGUUUUGAGCGUCAUUUCGAGCAACUAUAAGCCUCUUCUUCUGCUGUACAGACUGUGUAAUGUCACUGUUUGAAAGUCAAAUACGGCUGAUAGAGCUGAUAUUUACAGUCACUACUUUCUACUGCGCAAACAGAAGGUGUUCCAUAAUCCAGAUUUCGUACUUUUUCCCGUAUUUAUAAACUAUCUUUAUGGUGACAAGAAAGUAUGAUAGUUAAACCCAAUAGGGAUUCCAACAUACUGUUAAAAUUAAAUCAAAAUCGCGGCUGGGAGGCAAAAAUAAAUAAUGUUAUUCUAUGAGUUUUUAAUGUCGUUGUAGAUCAUUUUACUUGCGUUUCUGUUAUUUUUGUUUUGUACAAGAAUUAAUUUUCACUGGAAGAAUUAACUUAAAAAGAUAAUAUGCCCCAUUUAUGUUGUGUUUUGAACUGGGGAAAGCGAAGUAAUCAUUAUAAAGUUCAGUUUUAUAGGUUACCAUCAGUGCUACAUGUUUAGCAUAAAUCAACUAAAUAAGUUAUCAUCUGAGAGACAAAAGCAAUGGUUAAAUGCUAUAAAACGUCCUAUAGAAAUGCUAAAUAACUAACUAUGUCCAUGUUACUUACGCUUGGAAAACUGUCUCCACCGUAGGUUAACUCGGACCCCUUGAGGGAAAGUGGACCUAUAAUUUAUUUUGCCGAUCUUUUGCUUGUACUUACUAGCAACAUCUGUAUUGUCUACCAACAACUUUCGAAAAAAUUCUCAUGUUUAUUUAUUCACUGCUUAAAACUGAAUAAAGUCGUUUAAGUACUUCUACAACCAAAAACUACACAAAAUCUACAAAAUGUUCGGAAAAUACAACUAAAAAACUGUUAACGGUAAAAAUCUUAAUAAACAAUAUAAACAAAUACAAUGUUUGACUCCCAGCGGUUUCAUAAACGUCAAAGUCCUGGAAUAUCCUAUGCAAAAAUUUUUCCAAAACUAGGAAUGAAAAAGUAGUUAUUUUUCAUAUUUUCUUAAUUUGGAAAUAGUUUAGUUCAAAAGCAGUACAUAUGUUACAAACUAAGUGUUUGAUAUGGAUGAAUUUUGCCACAUGUAACUUUGAAGAUAAAAUGACAAAAAUAAUUUCAACUGUUUCUUCUAUUAGGGUACGUUCACGCGCGAUUACAACUACAUACUUUUUACUCAGGCCUUACACAUGGCUGAAUAAAAUGUAUGUAGUUGUAAUCGCGCGUUAUCAAAACAUGUCAUAUGAACGUGCCCUUAGUUUCAUUAUCUUCAUGCCACAUUUUGUGUUUUUUAAUAAGCUUUUGUGAAUCUCCUCGUUGUUCUGUGAUUGUUUUGUUAUGUAACUUUUUCUUUUUUGUAAGAUAACGUGUUUUCAUUUUAGUGCGGCGAGGUGACGCUAUAUUCAAGAGUAGCCACCUUUGAAAACUAUGAAUAUUAUUUUUAAAGUACAGUUGCCAUCAAGUUAUUGCAGAAAACCUUAAUCUUAUUAGAAAGUCAUUUGCAUUUGCGUCGUGUGGUUAAGUUUCCAGCACAGGUAGAAAGUAAUAAAAUGUUAAUCUACUGUACAUUUAAUUAUUAUACCUGCUAUUCAGUAUGUUUGCCUUUUGAAACUUAAUGAUACGACUUGUAAUAGGAUUAAGAUUAAGGUUUACUGCAAUAACUUAUGGUAACUGUACCAUAUGAGUUGCAAUAUUCUGGUAAAAAUUGUUAGUACCACUAUAUAUCAAUAAAUAUCAUUACAAUUAGUAAUUUUUUGGCAUACUAUAAUAUACUUAUUUCGAUUCCGUAAUGUGAUACUUUACCAGAAUGUUUUUUUGUAAUAUUUUUGCUAAAUUUAAUAAUUGGUCAUGAUGUUGGCCCCAUUAUUGUUUUAUCUCCUCCUUAGAGAGGUUUGUAAUUAUAUAUCUAAUUUUUAAAAGUAUAUUAAUUUGUAACCCUUCAUAUUAUAUCCAGUAACCUCGUGAUGAUAUGUUUAAAUAAUGAUGAGAGAAAAUUCUCUACAAGCCUCAUCGACAGUUUGGAUUCAGUUCGCUUCGGGAUACACCACAAGCGGCUCUGAAGACGCUGAAAAGCAGAAACCUUGGUCAGCCGAUGGUGGUGGCCCCCGAAUGGAAUUAAAUCUACAGCUGUUUUUCCUUAAUAAUGAUGGACUUUGACUUUUGCUUUUCUGUUGUUUUUGGAAAGGUUUUUGUAAAAAGUAACAGUGAAGAAACAAUGAGAUAUUUAAACCAGUUAAAGGUCUUCCUCUCCAUCUUUUUCCCGGCCGGUCCCGGUCCAGUAUUCUUUUCGGCCACCUGUGCUCUGACAUUCUUUGUACAUACCCGUACCACUGCAGAGCUCUGUUUUCCAACUUUUUAGUGGACUAUUAGACAUCUUCCUAUAAACUCUGAUUCAACUGUUCGUAUUUUACUUUGUAUUUGUUGGAGAACUGUAGUCUCCAACCAAAUAAUUUUAUUUCACGAACAAUAAAUAUACCGCGCCGCCUCUGACAAAACAUAAAUAACUUCAUUACACAUUGUCUGUAGACCAAUUUCCAAGAACGUGUUAAUCCACGCCUACCGGAGUGACGGACUGAAUUCGUUAGCGGGGUGCAAGUGGUAGUGAGCUAUCGAGACUCGUAACGAACGGAUACGCAAAAUCUAUUUUUUUCGGAGAGUAUUCUCCACGUUGUAAGUUGCAAAGAACGCCGGUAAAAUGUGAAAAGUCGUUGUGGUGUUUUACGGUAGCUGUUCACUCAAAUGUUCAUAUAAUAUUCUAUUUCUUGCCCUUUCAAAUUCCAUUACAGUUCUAACAAAAUAGCAAGUGUUUUAUUUAAUUAACCAAUUCAACAGGCCAGAAUUACAGCACCUUAUCAAAGUUCAUUAAAAGUUUCUCUACUGAGCAAUCGAAGGCUAGCGGCACAUUGAACUUACUGCAAGUGAAAACUGCUGAAAGAGACACUGUUAUCAAUUCAAGACUCUCCCUGAGGGGGUAUUGAAAACCGGCACCCCUUCAGUAUUGUUGUUGUCAUUGACCAUACUUCCGCUCCAUGUAUUCAGCACUAUAUUCUGAAGGAUUUUUUUAUAUAAUUCUAUAAGUAUAAUUGGAAUAUGGUUAAUUUUUGUUUUAUCUUUAAUUAGUUUUGGAAUAUACAGUUUUAAGAAGUUAAAGCUUUAAUACGAGGGUUGUCUUUUUAGCUUUGCAUAUAGCCAUAAAGACAAAAAAUAUAUAGACUUAAAGUAUGUAGUACUUUAUCGCUCUUCAAAAUAAGUCCCACCAAGAUCGAUACACUACGUUCCAACCAAUUGGUAACACAGUUAUUCCAGUCUUCAGUUGACACCUGCAAAUUUGCUGUUUUAAAGGCAUCGAUGGCUUCAUUCGGCGAGUGGAAUCGCUGCCCACACACUGAAUUCUCGAUCUUUGAGAACGUGAAGAAGUCGUUGGGACUAAGGUCGGGGCUAUACGGUGGAUGGUAUACUAAUUCGAUGUUUUGAAGUUCCAAAAAUUCUCUUGUGUUUUAGACAGCGUGAGCACUUGCAUUGGCCUGAUGUAGGAUGAUUCGCUGUUACUCUGCGCCGAUGUUACCAGUUUUUAUACUUUAUAUUUCUUUUUAUGCGAAGGUAAAUAAGCACUUUAAUUUCCUAACUUAAAGAAAAAGAUAUAAUAAGAAAUCAAAAUCGGAGAAAACAAACAUUUAUUCUUAUUCAAAAAUCUAUAAAAUCGAUAUAUAUCUAUAAUUAUUUAAUCUUCUGUAAGUAGUUGAAAAUAUAAAAAAAAAAACAAAAGAAAGAGAUAAAAAUCCCAAAAAUAAUGUUUAUGCUUGCCUCGAAGAAUAUUCUUUUUAGCGUACACUAAUAUUAUAAUUAUAGAUAUAUAUCGAUUUUAUAGAUUUUUGAAUAAGAAUAAAUAGUUUGUUUUCUCCGAUUUUGAUUUCUUAUUAUAUCUUUUUCUUUAAGUUAGGAAAUUGAAGUACUUAUUUACCUUCGCAUAAAAAGAAACAUAAAAACUGGUAACAUCGGCGAAGAGUAACAUUUGGCGCCCAACGUGGGACCCGAACUAUCUACUUUGGAGAGUAAAGGGAGGAAAACUUUUCAAGAAUAUAAAACCGCGAUACCCUGAGGCCCAAUCUGAUUAUUAAAAAUCGUUUCUAGUUGUUUAGCGACUUUUAACCCGUAACAUCGCCUUUGUGUAUUGCUUGGUCGGAGUUUCGCGAUAACUUCUGGUAAACAAACGGUUAUAUACCAAUCAGAAGUAACUGUUCUUCGAUCUUCUAAAGCAAGUGUUGCCACAUGACCAGAUUUUGACACAAAAGUUGCGACCAUUUUGUUUGACACACUUCUAGAACAGAUCACUUAUUGGUUUUUCCGUAGCAUGAAACAACCACACAGCAGAUUUGCGUUUAUUUUCUAGUUUGUAAGAGUAAAUCGAAGUUUCUUUGACACUGACAAUACUGUAAACGUUUUAUGAGAUUCCUUUGUUAAACCGUUCCAAUGUUUUUCGACACCAAUUCACGCGAACCGAUUUUUUGCUCUUCUGUGAGCAAAUCCCGUCCAACGGGAAACCAACUCAGUAACAUCCAGUUUUUCAUGUAGGAUCUUAUGGAUCAAGGUCUUUGAAAUGGCUAAAGAUGCCUCUAUCUCCCGGUAGGUUACACGGCAGUCGUCCUUAAUUAGCUGACGAACCGCAUCAAUGUUUUGCUGUGUGACUGGAGCGACCACGUUGAAAUUCACAAUACCAGCGGGAAAUAGUUUACUGGUAUGAUGCUUCAUUCCCAAAUACAAAAACUCAAACCCAAAUACAAAUCCUCUCCGAAAAUUGUAAAAAAUUAUUGCUCGAAAAUGUUCUCGGCUAAGAUCCAUUUCUCGACUUGAUCCUUUCAAAAAUUCACUGUAUCUACACGACUUGUUUCGUAAUGAAAGUCUGGAUUUAUGUCAACAUAGAUUGAGGUUAUAUUAGUGUCGGAAGGUUUUAUUGGUGGCGCCCUCUAAGCGGCUAUAGCAAAACUAAAAAGACAAACCUCGUACAUCAAUCGAUAACCUGGUUUACUGGAUAUAUUCAAGUUAAUAUACUUACAAUCGAUUUAUUUUUUAAUGUGUUAAAUGCUUACGCUUGAAUUUUAUCUGAGCGAAUUGUCGAUACUGCGGAAAAAGGUGAUCAACGUAGCUACCUCAAAGUAUCUUUAAUAAUUGUAUUACCUAGCAAUAUUUCCUAGCCUUCUCAUUGUCAUUUUAAAAUUGUCGGCUAUGUAAAAUGACAAAAAUCGAUUUCCGAGAGUGGUCCGUUCGCUGACGGUAAAAUAUUGCAAAACCUAUAUAUUUUAAAGAACCGCUUGGAUUGACAUGAAAUUUGGCAUAGACAUGGGUAACAUGUCAAAGAAAAAAAGUGAUAUUGUGCCGAUGUGUGAUUUUGCCUGCGGAUGAGUUUCACCCCUUCUCGGGGAUGAAAAAAUAUACGUUCAAAAUAAGUCCGGAAAUGGAUAAACUGACUAAUUCUAAGCAACUUUUGUUCUACAGCAUUUUUUCACUUAUUUAAUACUUUUCGAGUUAUUUGCGAGUAAAUAUGUUUAUUUUUCAACAAAAAAAAAACACAUUUUUGGACGGUUUUUUGCAAAUAACUCAAAAAGUAAUAACUAUUUUAUCGAAAAAAAGACAUUCUUAGCAAAAAUAUUGCGUGAUAAAUAUUGAGUUAUUUGCAAAAAAACCGUCUAAAAACGUGGUUGUUAGUCUAAAAACGGGUUUUUAGUUGAAAAAUGAAUAUAUUCACUCGCAAAUAUCUUGAAAAGUAUUAACUUUGUGAAAAAAUGCUUAGAAUUAGUCAGUUUAUUCAUUUUCUGACUUAUUUUGAACGUACAUUUUUUCACCCCCGAAAGUAGUGAAACUGAUCCCUUGGGUAAAAGCACAUCUUCACAAUAUCACUUUUCUUCUUUGACAUGUUACCCUAUGUAUAUGCCAAAUUUCAUGUCAAUCCAAGCGGUUCUUUAAAAUACGGAGCAAAAACCGUGAUUCAAUGGACUAGAGUAAUUUCUAGAAAAUCAAGCGAAUGCAAUUUUUUUUUUGAUGAAAUUGUUAUGUUGUGUUUAAGUCUUUACUCGCCGCACUUAUAGACUAGACGAUGUACCGUAGGAAUCGUUUUUAAAAGCGACGGAACCAUUAUGUCGAAGCUAUUUUGGUUCUGAUCUAAAUUGAUCUGGUCGAAGAAUAUUGAGAAUGUCAAAAUUGAAGGCAGAUAUUCGGUCACAUGGGAUAAACAUAGUAUGUUGUCUGAUCCACUCUCUGUUAAGUUAAAAAUUGAUCUAUCCUCUAUCCAAAUGUCUGUAAUACAAAUUCAAUGCUUACUAUUUUAUUGCUUAUCGGAGAGUGUAUCAAAAGUGACAUAUUUAUGUUUGGUAUAGUGACUUCAUUAUUACUGCCAUUGUUUAUUUUAUUAACCGAUUAUCACCAUAAAUACUGUUAUUAUGAAGGGAUCAAAAAUAUCGAUAAAAUCCAAGAACUCUUCAACUGUUGUACAAAGUGAUUAUUAAAAAUAAGUUUGCAAAAACUUUGUGUAAAUAAGUCUCGUAUAAGGGUAGAUUUAUUCUUCGACAAGACCGUUUUAGUUCUCAUCAUUAACAAAAACCAUUUUAACGUUUAAUCUUACAUUACAAAAAUUUCGUUUAGUCUAUGUAAAACAAAAACAUAAAUGUGAUAUAUAUACGACCACAGCUGGUUCCUAUGCGGGGACACUCGACCUUGUAAUUUGUAAUUUUAGUGUUAUUAUUUGUCUUGAUCUCCUGGUUUAAGUUUAAGAUCAAACACAGCAGAUAAAUAAAAUCUUGCGAUCUUUA